AUGGAGAAGCUGAUCGACGAAAGGAUUAUUGAAGUCCGCCAAAGUGAGCGUACAGAUGAUAUGGGCUUCAGUUUAAUUGUUAGAGCUGGCAAACAACUCAAGUACCACAAAGAAGUCUUCGCGGUGCCAUUAACGAGAUAUGUGGUGAUGGUUAUCCAUCAUUGUGCGACUAUGAAAACCUGA